AGGCGGUACAGUACACACAUCGUCACCAGCUGCAGUUUUCAAGGAAUCAAAUAAUGUGACGUACCAUAAUCCUAAUGACACAAGAUCUGGUGAAUGUCUAAAGAACUACUUUGAAGAUAUCCUAUUAAUUAUUAUUUACCAUUUUCCAUUCUACGAAUCCAUUCCAUUACUUAAGUCAUUUUAUCAAGAUGCAUUUAAAAACAUUGUGAUUUGUGGUUCAGAGACCUAUUCCCAUCAUCAUAUAAUGGUGGUUGAUAUUCACCAAGGACACUACGGUUAUGAAUGUGUUGGCGAGGCUAUACGCAGGUACGGGGGCUCAAAAGUCAUUUAUAAUAUACUCAACAGAAUAAGAAGAUUAGGGACCGGUCAUAAAGUAACUGCUAGGGUGGGCUGGAGUGAUUUGGGAUGGGGCAUGGAAAAUAUAUACUAAACCUGUCUGUACCAGUGUAGGUAGUACCAAUGUGAAAAUGCUGUGCUGAGUGGUUAUAUUACUGCCUUAAAAAAUAAGCAGAAACUCGACGUUUCGAGCGAAGGCCCUUCGUCAAGAGUUAGUAGCCAUGGAAAAUCUUUGGGUAGUUUCGAUGGGCCGCCAAUAUUUUGGUAUGUCCACGGUUGGGCCACCAAACAAAAACCCUACUUCUACUUCAAAAAAUAAUGAUAUUAAUAAUAAAAGUAUACAAAACUAUCCAAAUUAUCAAAUGCAAAUGAUGCUAUUGAAGCCAGUACUUUGUUUAUACAACAACAGCAAGUGGUCGAAUCACAGCAAAUACAACCAACUGGAGAACAGCUCAGUAUCGUAAUUGGUGAUUAAUGUGUUGGUCAAGCUUGGUGGAAUUAUGUAUAUGUCAAUACAGUGCCGUGUAUAUUUACAAUCAAUGUUCAUACCUGCAAGUUUUUUUAGUAUAAAAGUGUAUUUUCCCAAUUUAGAUUGGGUGGGUCAUGAACAAUUUUUUGUAUAUGAUUAGAUGGGCUUUGAAAUUUUUAUCUACAUCCUAAGAUGGGUCACCGAACUUAUUGGCAAAAUUUGUGAUUUACCUCCAGCCCACCCUAGCAGUUACUUUAUGAACAGUCCCUUAGGAAACCCGAUACAGACAUAACAUACUUCAUUAUCUAUGUUUUUGUCUUGGUUUAUGCAAAAACUGGUCGGUUCAUCGUCACGUGUGUAUUGUUUUUUUCGCCCAACCAACAAUAGCAGUGUGUUGGUUCAAUUACUCAGUCGUGAUAUUACACAAUGGUUAAAAGAAAACAUAGCUAUUGGUUGCUUUAGCGAAAAUACAAUACACACGUGAUGAUGAACAGACCAUUUGUCGCAUAGACCAAAACAAAAACAUAGGUAAUGAGGUGUAUUAUGUCUGCAUCGAACUUCCUAACCUUGUUAUUCUAUUGACCAUGAUAAUUUGUGUGGGGUGGCCAGAACAUAGCUUCUCUUAGGUUAAGAUUUAGAAUUUAUGUGAGGGUUAUUGAUAAGUAAAAACCAAUACCAGCCGACAAUUUCAAAAAAUAUAGUACAAAACAUAAUCCGAAGAUAAGCAUCUUGAAACCCAAAAUAUGAGUCAAACAAGAAAGUGAGUGAGUAAUAUUUCGAUUUUAUUACAAAUUGAUGAUGAUUUUGUAAUGAAAUCGAAAUAUUGCUCACUCACUUUCUUGUUUGACUCAUAUUUUGGGUUUCAAGAUGCUUAUCUUCGGAUUAUGUUUUGUACUAUAUUUAUUGAUAUAUAUAUAUAUAUAUAUAUAUAUAUAUAUAUAUAUAUAUACACACUGGAUCCAGAAAAAUUUGACCUUCGAAUAUAUAUAUAUGUCGGCCAUUUUGAAUUUUCUUGGGUUGAUUAUACGCGAACGCAUACAUCAAAUGUCGCUCCAACGUACUGUAUAUUGCAAUAUUCCAACAGCUCAAAUCAGUAAAGGAUCAUUGCUUGAAGUUCUUACACAUAUUUGUAGUAGCUAUCUAAUGAACAUUUGAGGGUUGUUAGCUAAUUAACUCUUGUCACAAUUUGGAACCUGAUCUUUUUGGCAUGUCGUAAUUUAUUCUUUUGCAUCCUUAGAGAUUUAGACGCUUAUUAGCAUGCCUCGAUGAAUUUCUUUGUUUAUUCUUUCGUAUUCACUUGUGCUUAUUUUAUAGCUGCAACCUACGUCCAGAAUUAUUAUAUUUUGCCAACGGAAAUUUUAACGGAAUCGAUAGUCAUUCGAUAUUUCAUCCCCUGAAACUCGGCACGCGCAGCAUUCGUGACCUGGCGAAGCAGAAACGUUCAUUUCCUACUGGCCAUUAUAUGUUCAUUUCCAAAUGUUCAUUUCCUACUAACCAUUAUGAUUAUGUGCAAAGACAUCAAUCAAUGGUUCUUUUAUUCAUUUGAGCUGUUGGAAUAAUAUUGCAAUAUACAAUACGUUGCGAGCGACCUUUGAUGUAUGCGUUCGCGUAUAAUUAACCCAAGAAAAUUCAAAAUGGCCGACAUAUAUAUAUAUUCGAAGGUCAAACUUUUCUGGAUCCAGUGUAUAUAUAUAUGUAUAUAUAUAUAUAUAUAUAUAUAUAUAUAUAUAUAUAUAUAUAUAUAUAUAUAUAUAUAUAUAUAUAUAUAUAUAUAUAUAACAAUUAUACCAUGAGUUCGAGUCGUAUAUGAGCUGAUAGCCGACGAGUCGGCUAUCAGCUCAUAUACGACGAGAGCGAAUGGUAUAUAAUUGUUUUAUAAUAUAGUCUAAUAGCCAUUAACUGAAGCAAUAAUUAAUUAUCCUCUGUUACAAUGUCUUGACAAUUUGUUCGGCCAAAAACCGCUUGGCCUUGAAAAUUUGAAAUACUUUUGUUUUACAACUCGAAGACAAAGUGAAAGAAAUGGUUAGUUUAGAACCGGUAUAUGUCACAGAAAAGCUGAGAUAUAUUAUACAGAUGUUUGGUAGUAUAGUAUAUAAGUGCUUGUUGACUUUCGUUGCAAACUUUUCUGAACAAUUUAUAUUCUCAAUGAACAUGUUUUUUCGCUGUUGUUUCGGUAUUAAUUCUUUAAAAAACUUGUAUGUAAACUAAUUUCUAUGUAAUAAAUGUAUUUUGCUAACCUGUCAAAUUUUUUUGAGAGUUUUUCCUUGUACUAUUAUCUUUCUCAAAGCGAAUAUUUUCCUUUUUCCUGCUUCGCAAAACUCAUGUAGGUUUUCGACCGCCAUCUUGUUUUUCGCUACUCGCCGUAUAUGAGCUGAUAUACGGCGAGUAAUUCAACCAAUCAGAUUGCAGAACAGCUCAUAUACAUUAUAUAUAUAUAUAUAUAUAUAUAUAUAUAUAUAUAUAUAUAUAUAUAUAUAUAUAUAUAUAUAUAUAUAUAUAUAUAUAUAUAUAAUAUAUAUAUAUAUAUAUAUAUAAUAUUGAAUUUGUGCGUAGUGAACUAGAGUGCUCAACACCAAUAAAUCAGUAGAGCAAAUAAAAAGACAUAAACAACAAAUUUCAAUGUUAAAAUUUUAUUUCAUCGCUACACAGUGUUUCACGUACAGCGUACGAUCAUCAGGCGAUCAGGCGAUUGAUGUUAAUUAUCUCGCAAUAAAUUACAACGGUUUACGCUGACGCGCUUAGAUUGCUGACGCAAGCAUUUAAACGAUUGUGUUUACUUGCGCGCGCGCGCGCGUUUGAAAUUAGAAGCUUUAUAACUGUUCCUAUGCCUACACUUGCUAAACAAUUCAGAUCUUAUAUUCAAUGUAUUAAUUUUGUCCGAUAACAUAAUCAUUCUUUUUUCCUCGGUGCACAGAGAACAAACUUUCAUUCCUGGGCAAACGGCUGGAACUUGCUUCAUGACCGACCAAUUUAUUCGGAAUGAUUUGCUCUGCGAUUUAAGACCCCAAGCAUAUUUCGAAAGUUCCGUCUCUGUCGAAUAGCGCUCAUUGUUCAAUGAUUUCAAAUGAUUGCUAUAUCGUAGCUUGAAAGGACCCGCCGUCAUUCCUAUAUAAUUCUUGACCACUUUCCCAUUGUCGCUUGUAAUCUGGGCUUUAUACACAACGCUUCUCACGAGACAAUUGCCGUUCAGUGGACAUUUACUUUUAAUUCUGCAGUUACACGAUUUCGAUGGAAUUUGGGAGAGAUUCUGAUUCUUAAGAACACGCCGGUUGUGGUUUGAAAUUGAUGCUUUAAUAUUGUUCAUGCAUGAAUAACUGACUUUGACAGAGUUUCGGUUGAAAAUUUUAUGUAGGAUCGAUGAUUUGGGGAAAUGCUUGUCUAUUAAACGAAGGAAAUUUUCUGCAACUUUCGUCUUUACGUUCUUGCUGUAGGGCGGAUUGUACCAAAUAAUGUUUCUUGAUCGGGUUCGUUUCUUGGGCUUACUACUAUUUGUUUCAUCGUCGUACCUUAGGUUGGUAUUGAAAUUGCUUUGCUUCAGUGCAUCUUCGUAUAAAGGAGCGGCUGAAUCAAAACUCGGUUUGUCGGAGGAAAGGGAGGAUAUACGUUUAUUAAUUGAUUUUGGGAGUUGUCUGAUAAUUGAUGGUGGAUGAUUAGAACGGCUAUCGAUAUAAAUGGGAUCAUUAUUUGGUUUUCGAUAGGGAGUGAAGUUAUUUUCUUUCAAGUUUAAGGUUGCAUCAAGAAAGUUCACUGAUUGAUGGCAGACAUCAGCGGUAAUCUUUAAACCGAACUGAUCGAAAAUGCGAUGGAGUUCCUUUCUAGCCUUAUCCGCCGAUCUACCCUUGCUCCCUUUUACCAGCAGGAAAAAAGCCGUUCUAAUUUCAAACGCGCGCGCGCGCGCAAGUAAACACAAUCGUUUAAAUGCUUGCGUCAGCAAUCUAAGCGCGUCAGCGUAAACCGUUGUAAUUUAUUGCGAGAUAAUUAGCAUCAAUCGCCUGAUCGCCUGAUGAUCGUACGCUGUACGUGAAACACUGUGUAGCGAUGAAAUAAAAUUUUAACAUUGAAAUUUGUUGUUUAUGUCUUUUUAUAUAUAUAUAUAUAUAUAUAUAUAUAUAUAUAUAUAUAUAUAUAUAUAUAUAUACUAAUUAUAAUCUUAAAAUUUUAUUAAUCGCUACACAGUGUUUCACGCUUUCAAAGCGAUCCUCAGGCGAUACUACUCUAAAUAGUUUGCUUGCGCCAUUCAUUCAACGGUCCUAUAUAUAUAUAUAUAUAUAGUAAUUAAUGGUAAUAAAGAUGCCUAGUGGAAUUUGUUGAGUCGUUGCACUUAUUUAAUUAUAUGCUCUGGAUAUCCAGUGAGCAGUCUGCCAAAUGUUUUUGUAAACAACGAAACCUAAGUUGAAAAUUACAACGAAACCUAAGUUAUAAGUUAAAAAUGUUCUCGAGUUUGUAUUUCAUAAUUUCCAUACCAGCGCAAGCAGAAAGAUAAUAGGGCCAUUUAUACGGAACAAAAUAAGACGAGACUUACAUAAGACGCGACUUAAGUAAGACGCGAGUUUGUGGUAUAAAAGGUACAAAAUUCUUAUGUAAGACGCGUCUUGGAUAAGACGCGUCUUACAUAAGAACAGGUCUUUUAGCUGUUCUUAUUUAAGUCGCGUCUUAAAUAAGAAAUUUUGGACAAAAAGUCAUGCCAGAAACUUGAAACAGCGUAAAAUUUAAUGCCUUACAUAUUAAAACAAAAACAACCAAAACAACAUUAUAGCUAUAGCAAUUAAUAAAUAAGACCAAAACCGUAGAGAACCAUUUAUGCGAUAACUCCACUUAUUUAAGUCGCGUCUUAUGUAAGUCGCGACUUAUUUUGUCACGUAUAAAUGGCCCUAUUGUCUGCCGUUUUUUUGUCACUUUUAUCUCUGUAGAUAUCCUGGUUACCGUGGUUACUUCUAUAUAAAUGACGACGCGCUUGUUAACUGGUGGACAUUCUACAAACUUGAUAAGGAGAAAGUUUGGCUAGGUGCGGAUAUUUGGAUAGAUACAGCUCAUAUCAUGGGGAAAAAAGAAAUACCAGAUAGUUGGGUUUGGUGGAGCCAGUGGAGUAAUUCUGCAAAGGCUUGCGAAGACUCUUACUUAGAAAUCACGCAGCAAUAUCGCUCAAAUGAAUAUAUAAACAUCACGAAAUUGGUAGAAACACAUCUUGAUAAUGGCGAAGGGAAAAAGCGUUGUCUAAAGACGUGGUCAGACAUAUUUUAUGUACCCAAGAGGUUCAGUGACCAGUUUCAGCGGAUCUCUUUUGUGUUUCAUAAAAAUCGAGUGUUUUUGGAAGCUGCAGUUCCGACCAUUUUGAGUUUCCUAGACUUACGAAGCUCAUGGGAAAAACAUUUUGGGUUGUAUCUGCCGGACAAGUACGGCUUUCGUGAUUUUGCCGAUGGAAAUUUAGUUUGGGAAAGUUAUAAUUAUGAUGUUAAAUUUAUACAUCCCGUUAAAUUUCAUGGGGAUAUAGCCAAACCCAACAGAGAUAAGUUAAAAGAUGAUUUAAUACCCUAUUCUAAACGUUUCACAAAAUGUUAGAAAUGUUAUAAAAGGAAUAUCGUGGUUUUGGGAAAUCUCGUUCGAUGGAACUAGUAUUGUUAAAGGACAUUGGCAAUAAUAAAAUGGUUUGUCUCAUUCAAAUAUAUAUUAAACUCUAUUACCGAUUUGUCAUAUCUUAAUGCUUAGUUCUCGAAAUAUUUAGACCGAAAUUAAUGAGCUGUCCUCCAUCUUGGACCAAUUUCUUGACCUCAUUAACUAUGGUUUUGAUGACGUCAGGAGUUGGGUUAACCAUAUAAAACUACUCUAAAAUGACCGAGUAACAAUCCAAAAUUGUUUGAAAUGUUUUUCAUCAUUUCUAAAUUUCAGACCGCAACCUGCAGAAACGAAGUUUUGGACUCAUAUUGAUCGCUUACUCUCAAGAUAAAAACUUAGCGUGACCCCUCUCUUGACGUAACAUGCAUAUCCUCAAUAAUCGAAGAUGGCGAACAGCUCAAUUUUUUCAGUCGAAAUAUUUUGAAAACUAAGGCCUGGUUUAUACAGCGUGCUAUGAGCGCACCGAACCAAUUACUUAACUAAUAAGUUCGCUCAUAGCACGCUGUCUAAAUCAAAUUGGUUCACUCUCUGAAUUAGGUUCGCUACUGACCGUGCGGCUCGCUCGUCGAAGGCGUGCCGAACGCUCGUAGCACGGUUAAGCACGCCCUUGAUUUAAACCACAGUGCCAUCAGCGAACCAUACUGCAACAAUAUGAGACGCCAUAUUGUAUUAAUGUUACGCUCCUUUUACGCCCAGACUCUUUAUCUCAACUUUAAAAAUUGGCUCAGAUACGUUACGUAUAAAUCAAAAUGCGUGCUAAUACCGUGCUUGGCCGUGCUAAUUUAAAAAUUGGUUCGGUUCGCUCAUAGCACGCUGUAUAAACCAGGCCUAAGCAAGAUAUAAACAAUCUGUAACAGAGUUUAAUAUAUAGUUUUAAGAGUUCUUUCAAAUGAACUAAACUAAUUUUUUAUUGCCAAUGUCCUUUAGAGAGGGUUUUUGUCGAUGGAAUUUUCGAACGCAAAUCUAUAUAUACCUCCUUGGACCUAAUAUACCUUGGACCUUGCAUAAAAGCUUGACAUAAGUAAAUUUUAUCCAUAUCUUCAUAGUUAAUAUACAGGGUGUAUAAAAAAAAACGCAACCUCGGAAUUUCCUAAGAAAUCACUUUGCAAUUCUUAAGCAUAAAAGAUUUUAGGCCCCUGGGAAUUGAAAUCGAAUUGCUAAUAGAUCCUAUUACUGUUGUUGUGCAUUAAAUAAAUGCAUAAAUUUUGCUUUAUGCACUCGCGUGUGCAGUAACUUUGACAGUUGUGCUAUUUUAAAUUCCCAGGCGCCUAAAAUCUUUUGUCUUCAAAACAAUGUCGAUUUCUUGGGAAAUUCCGAGGUUGCGUUUUUUUUUAUACACUCUGUAUAUGACAUGGUUUGGAAACCCUUUGUUUUAGGUGAUUGUAUACCUUGUGCAGGGUCACGGUUGAAAAAUCCUUUGUCUUUCUAUUGUUUGACAAUAGUCAGUUCAGAAAGCUUGGCGAAGGGAAUGGGUAUCAAGUGUUUGUUUUGCCUAUACCAGGGCUAUAUCUUACGGCAUAUUUUGCAAAUAACGAAGUAUUACCACCAUUUGUCGAUGGAGAAUGUUUGUGUUACAUCGUUUGGUCAAUUCUAAUUGAUUAAAACCAAUUUGUGCAGGGUCAAACUGACUCUUCAACCUCCAUGUUUGUUUAUAGCGUAAUUUCUUUGACGUUUGCCGGGUUUCCUAACCAGGUCUUAUAACAACCAUGAUAUGUUUAAGAAGCUGCUUUAAAUUACCAAGAGCAGAGAAUCGUGCGCGUUACAAAUAUAUUUUAAUUUCUCAAUAUUUAUAAUAUAUGCACCCUGUCAAUAUUUUACGCAUCUUUGCGUUCGGCUUAGUGCUAUAGGGCAUUCAAAUUCUAACAAUAUACGUUAUUUCAAUAGUUUGUGUUUUUUUGGGACACCCU